UAACAUUCAAACAUAUUCAGUGGAUGGUAUUUCGUUUACGAUUAACUUGCUUAUCAUUAAAGUUCACAUUAUUUUUACAUGUAUUUAUGUUUGGAUAAUAUUGCAUGUUGGACAAGCUGACGACUACAAGUAGAUAUAAAAGUAGAGCAAAAAUAUUUUAAAUUGAACGACUAGCAGCCAAGGAAAACAGUGAAAAAUCAACUCGUAUAAUUCUAUCAAGUUGGGACAGUAAAUGCGAAACACCUUGUUUGUACGACCAGCAGCUAAGACCGCAUAUUUUGAAAUUAACGUUUUAAAAUGUCUUUGGAAAAGCCACCUGGGUUUGAAGAGCAUGUGAAUGGUCUCCCUAUAUUGCAUGGCCAGAAAGGUGGGUACUCGUUUGGAGGUAUAACAGUUAUGAUGACGAUGCCUCGAGACACCCUGGAAGCCAUCCCUAAUAUGGAAUUGUAUAAAGAUGACGUCAUCGUCGCAGGGUUCCCCAAAACUGGCGGGGGCUGGCUGCAGGAAAUAACAUAUCUAGUCCUGAACGACGCCAACACAGAAGCUGCCAAUGCGACCCCAAGUUUCCAACGUAUUCCGUUCAUAGAAACCCUAUCCAAGGAAAACCUACUCGGCCUCAAAAACGCCCAGCGUCCAAAGAUAUUAAAGACCCAUCUCCCAAUGAGGAUGAUUCCGGACCAUUCGAAGGUUGGAGCAAAGUUAAUAUAUUCAACUAGAAACCCGAAAGAUGUCGCAGUGUCCUUCUAUCAUUUCCACAGAAUGAAUAUGACUAUGCAUGCUGGUGACUUUGACGAAUUUCUUGAGCUCUUCAUGUCCGAUGAUAUAGCCUAUGGUAACUACCUGAAGCACGUAGCGGACUACACGAAAGCAGCCGAACAAGCUGACAGUAACGUCCUCAUUAUCAAAUACGAGGAUAACCAUAAAGACCCAGAAGGAACCAUCAAGAAGAUCGCGGAAUUUUGCAACAAGACGCUGACACAGACCCAAAUUGAUGAAAUCCUUGAUCAUACGACCUUCAAAAACAUGUCCAAUAAUCCAAGUACGAACUAUGAAGGCGCUUGGUUUUUCGAUCAGACCAUCUCGAAAUAUUUGCGCAAAGGAAUUGUGGGCGACUGGAAGGAAUCCUUCACGUCGGAACAGACUGAGAAAUUUGAUAAAUGGCUUAGGGACGUCUCGGAAAGUACUGGAGUUACUUUCGGUUAGCGAGAAACAAUUAAUUCUCAAUCAUACCAUCUGGACCAGAUACACUCCCCUCCUGAAAUUUAGCAAUUUUGUCUCCAACAUUAUAGACCGUUUAUGUAACUUUGAUUUUUAAAUGGCAUAAGUUCAGAAAAUAACGAAUUGAACUUUUAAUCGUUAAAUACAAAACGGGAGUGUACAUUCUUACCAGUGAAUGGGAACAUAUGAAGAAAA